UUUCUCUCCGCUUUCCGCGGAUUCGCAGCGAAAAAGUGCAGCUAGUGGAAGGAAAAAGUGGUAAAUCGGAAAACAAACUGCAGCGGAGUUUUGUUAGCGCGCAAUAAAUGAGAUAUAAUUCGGCGAAGUCUGCGUUAAAUUGCUAAUUGCAUUUGAUUGAUUUCGCGUUCGUUUUAUUUGCUUGUUGCGCGAAUUGCAAGACCAACUGCAUAAAUACAGAAAACCAAACUAAUAGAAAAAACGCUGAUAAGCACGAUUCGUGGGAAAACAACAACAAAGGCGUAUUGCAUUUUGCGGCUUAAGUCAUAACCAAAAACCACAAACAAUUUAAUGAAGAAGACUGAACAACCACGACGCCCCACACAAUAACUUGUAAACUAUAGGAAUUCAAAAGCCACCACCGCUCAAAACUAAACCUAAAACCACAAAAACAAAGCACAAGAAUUAUUAUAAUAACAAUUGACAAGGAGGAUAGACCAAGCCCAUAGCCAAAAAGCUAACAAAGAUGUCAUCGCGUUCCAAGGAGAGAGUUGUCACGGCAUUCCGCAAAAUCUUCCACAAGUCCAGCAACAACAACAACAACAACAAUAAUAAUAAUAACAACAACAACCAUAAUAAUAACAACAAUAAUAAUGACAAAAUUGAUGGUGCCACUGGCAGCAGUCCGAAUAUAACCAAUAACAACCACGAUGCUGCUGCAGCGGCAGCUCCAUCAGGUGGCGGAGGAGCAAUGGGCGGUGGAGCGGUGGGCGGAGGAUCGGGAUCUGGGUCCGGAGCUGCAGCCGCCUCAAAGAAUGCUGUGGUGCGUAUGGCAGCCGAACAGGCUGUUUGUGAUUCACCAGGCAAGCGGCGACGACAAGAUCACAAGGUGGCGCCGACAACGGGACGCCAUCUGGUGGCCGCGCCGGAUCAAACGAUCCGUUCGCGGCGUCUCAUGAAAGAGUACCGUGAAAUGGAGCGGCUGCAGUGCAAGAACGAUGCCGUCUUCACAGUGGAACUCGUCAAUGACAACCUGUUUGAGUGGCAUGUCCGCCUUCACGUGAUAGAUCCCGACUCACCACUUGCCCGGGACAUGGUUGAGAUGGGCGUUCCGGCCAUCCUGCUGCAUUUGAGCUUCCCCGACAACUUUCCGUUUGCCCCGCCUUUUAUGCGUGUCGUGGAGCCGCGCAUCGAAAAGGGUUAUGUUAUGGAGGGUGGGGCUAUUUGCAUGGAGCUACUUACGCCCCGCGGUUGGGCCAGCGCCUAUACGGUGGAAGCUGUCAUCAUGCAAUUCGCUGCCAGCGUUGUCAAGGGUCACGGACGGAUUACGCGCAAGCCAAAGAAUGCAAAGGAGUUUACUCGUCGCCAGGCGGAGGAGUCGUUCCGUUCGCUGGUAAAGACACACGAGAAGUACGGAUGGGUGACGCCCGCUUUGGCCGAUGGCUAAGGCCAACCGACUACCCAAGAUUCCAGAUACCAAAACCGCGAUGAAACUCCGCUCAGAUGCUCUGCGUUUGCCAACUCAACACAACAACAACAACCAAUGCAAUUUAAUAUUCAGUCGUCGCUCAUAGAAAUGCUUCACCCAUCAUUACAUAUUACCCAUCACCAGUUGCGAUAGGUUCUCGCUGGGACAUACUUCUUAGACAAGUAACGAACGAUUUCAAUUGCUAAACCAUCCAGAAAGAAAGCCCAAAGGAGGAAAAACACAGAAGAAACGCAUCAAGCAACAAAUUAGCUUAAUAUGUAUUUUUAGCUCGUAGACAAAAAAGCAAAAUGAAAAACUUUCGUCGAAUACAGAAAAAAGAAAAGGUUAUUUAAGUCUUAAGUAUUAUAUUAGUUGAAAAAAGGAAAUUUAUGUGAAGCGUAAAAAAAGAAACCCAAUUUCCCAUAUGGCUUACAGAUUUCAAUUAGUCUGAUAUCUUGGUUCCGACUGUGUUACUUUAUAAUUUCUUGUGAUUUCCGUUUACAUUUAACAAUGGAAAAAAAAACUAAAUUACAACGGAUGCUUGUAAAACACGACUAUGUUUUCUUAAGUUUCGCAUAAUAAAUAAAUAUAACAUGUGUCUAUAAAUGCA